UGUGCCAAAAGUUGUUGCACCAGUCUUGGUCGAAUGAGGUUUUAAGAGUUUGUCAGUACUGAUUACUGUUUAGUUUCAAUUAAACUUCAGACGACGAAUACAGCUCAAGUUAAACCGAUGUUAAAAAGUCAAGCAGUUUAAAUUAAUUCGGCAUUUAAAAAUAAUAUUGUGAAUAGUAAAUAAUAUAAAACUGUACGGCGGCGGCGUAUUUAUAAAUACCUAUAACAAUUAAUUGUUGUCAAAAUGCAACCAAUCAAGUUUUAUUUCGACGUUUUGUCUCAGCCAUGUCGGGCUUUGUAUGUUCUUCUGGAAGCAGCAAAAAUUCCAUAUGAAGCUAUUCCGGUGAAUUUACUUAAAGGAGAACACAUGACUAAAGAAUUCAAAGAAAAAGCCAACCGUUUCAAAAAAGUUCCAGCUAUCAACGAUCAUGGAUUUCAAUUAACCGAAAGCGUUGCAAUAUUUCGUCAUCUUAAUCGAGAGAAAAUAGUACCAGAGCAUUGGUAUCCUCGCCGAAAUUUGGCCCGCAGCCGUAUUGAUGAAUACAUGGAAUGGCAACAGAGCAAUAUGCGUCCCGCUUGUAGUCAUUAUUUUCAAGCAAAAUGGUUAUUGCCAACUUUAAAUAAAACCCGUCCUAAAGAAGAAGAUAUUAAAAUGGCAGAAAAACGACUUGAUCACACAAUAAACGAAUUCGAAAAUGGUUUCUUACAUUCCCAGAAGUUCAUGGCCGGUAGGAAUAUAUCGUUUGCAGAUCUUCUAGCUAUUUGUGAAAUCGAUCAACCUGUUACUGUUGGAUAUAAUCCAUUUAAAAAUAGAGCGAAAUUUACCCAGUGGUAUGAAGUCGUUCGAGAUGAGUUGGGUCCCAUCUACAAGGAAGUUCAGAACGAAUUCGAGCACAAACUUAAAAAUGCUGAUACCGCUGUUGAUGUAAAAGAUGAAGCUAUUUCAAUUAAGCAAUAAUUUAAAUGUAUAAAUUAUAAGUUUUAAAAUUUAAGUUAUAUAUAGUUUAAAAGUAUGUAAUAUGUAAAGUACUUCUUAUUAUUAUCAUUAUUCUGUGUAUUUCAUGUUGAAGUUGCAGUUAGAUUGUUAUAUUAUGAUUUUGUUUUUAUUAUUUUUUUAUUGAGGUGUAUGUGUUAUAAUUGUAUCUUAAUUACAUAGUGUAAUGACAAUAAGUACACCGCCAGACUAUAAAAGUUAUUGUUUUUAAUCGAUAUUUUA